AUGGCUUCUCAGCGCGGAACAGACUCGCCUUCGCAAGCUUCCGUUCGCUUCAGUACAAAGAAUCAGGAGAUCGAGCCCGAGGCCAACUUGGAGCCCGUCCGCUCUCUUACUGGUCAUGACGCACAGAGGGAGAAUCUGUCGCCCGAGGCAGAAGAGGAACUGAGACAGCUCAAGACGACGCUCCAGAAUGGCUUACAGUCCAAGCGCAUGGAGCACUACUCCUUUGAGCCUGUGUCGUUACCAGGCUCGCAGCCAGUGUCCAGGGUGCCUUCGGGUCAGUCCAACAAACGACCUGUGAUGCCAGCAGGCUCCGCACACCCCUCUCCUCGCCCUUCUCCCCCUGCCUCAGCCUACCACUCUCCACCUCUGACCCCAUCGGCAUCCCACACUCGUGAGGGCAAGCCUGCCGCUAGCACAGCUGCUUCUGUAUCCCAGCUGGCAAAAGCAAGAGCUGGCGGAGACAUCAUGACUCCUCAGAUGUCGGCAUCUCAGCCUGGCUCAAGGGUCCCGUCUUCCGAUGAGACUGGUGUAUCUGCACACCCUAAACAACAACCUCGCUUCUCUCUCGGCCCCACUGGUGACUCUGUACCACCCUCGCGCGAGCACAGUCCCGUUGCUUCAGGAGCUAGCACCCCGACUGGUUCAGGAACCGUAACGCCUUCUGCUACGUACACGAAGCCUUGGCCUCAAGGCGACAAAGACGAUCCUUACGCCCGAAGCAAGAGAGCUCCCCCCACUCGUAAUGUAGAUUCCAUCGACGCUCGCUUCCGCUUUGGCAACAGAGAUCCUCGCAAGGGACACAGCACUUCUGGAACUUCACUAGUUUCCCUUCCUGCAGCUGCGACCGCCUCAAGCUCGGCGAGCCUCAAGCCAUCGGAUGCCGACAAGAGGUCAAGUUUCUUUGGUGGUAAGAAACACGAUCACCACCACGAUGAUACCAUCAAGGACAAGGAUAAGUCAGCUUCCAAGGUCAGCUUGAAGCGCUUCUUCAAGAUUGGCGAUAAGAAAGACAAAAGCCGUGCAAGCUCGCCUGUCAGGAGCGGAACUUCUACACCAUCUGGUCAAUCUCAGAGCUUACCAUUUGCCGACGAUCAUGGUUUGGCCUCCAAAUACGGCAAGUUCGGCAGAGUACUCGGCUCAGGAGCUGGAGGAUCCGUUAGACUCAUGAAGAGAACUGCAGACGGCAAAACUUUCGCGGUCAAGCAGUUCCGUGCCCGUCAUACGUAUGAAAGCGAGAGGGAGUACAACAAGAAGGUCACAGCCGAGUUCUGUAUCGGUUCGACACUUCACCAUGGAAACAUUAUUGAAACGAUCGACAUUAUACAUGAGAAGGGCAACUGGUUUGAGGUCAUGGAGUACGCUCCCUUCGAUCUCUUCGCUAUCGUCAUGACUGGCAAGAUGUCUCGCGACGAGAUUACCUGCUGCACCCUGCAGAUUCUCAGUGGUGUCCUGUACUUACACAGUAUGGGUCUUGCGCAUCGAGAUCUGAAGCUCGACAACGUUGUGGUAAAUGAGCAUGGCAUCAUGAAGAUCAUUGACUUCGGAAGUGCUGUCGUCUUCAGAUAUCCAUUUGAGAACGACAUUGUGCUCUCUACAGGUGUCGUUGGUUCAGAUCCUUAUCUUGCCCCCGAGGUCUACGACAACUCACGAUACGACCCGCAGCCCGCUGAUAUUUGGUCAAUAGCGAUCAUCUUCUGCUGCAUGUGUUUGCGUCGAUUCCCCUGGAAGGCGCCAAGGAUUUCAGACAAUUCGUACAGACUAUUCGUGUCACCUCCAGACCCUGGCCAGGAUCAGCUUCUCGCCCAAUCUCGACAGUCUGUCAGCAACGGCUCUGUAAAGCCAGAGAAUGGUGCUUCGACUUCGGGCGACCAACCCAGCCAACAGAUCAAGGGCCCAUUGCGUUUGCUUCGCCUACUGCCACGUGAUACUAGACACAUCAUUGGCCGUAUGCUCGACCUCGACCCGCGCCGUCGUGCUACUAUGGACGAAAUUCUUGCCGACCCUUGGGUCCAGAACGCCUACGUGUGUAGACAAGAAGAAGGAGGAGAAUGUUAUCACGCGCCUGGUCAUACCCACGUCUUGGAGCCUGGCGGUGCGGCUCAAGCACCACCAAAGAAGUAG